UUACUUUAAAUCGAUAUCGUGAACACUGCAACUUGUGCGAUAAACUUCCCUGAAAUUAUUCUAGUGCACUAUGGAUAGGAUUAAGCGCAGGAGGAGAAAGGCGAAGAAGCCAAAGAAGCUGCUGCUGUCCACCGUCGAUCCGUGGGAUGUUCAAGUGGCCAGUUUCGAGCCGGAGGGACUAGCUCAACGUCGUGGAGUGUCCCUGUCCUCCAUCGUGACAAGUCCGGACACCCAGCCACCGUCGAGCAGAGUACUUCGUACACCUUCGCCUUGGUACAAACCCGGGACAAAUUCUCCAGCUCCAAACACCGCUGAUACAGAUCAAGGCGCCUUGACCAGCCCCGAGUGGCCUCUUCCUUGGUACAAGCCCCUGAGGUCGUCGACCCUCGACACACCCCGAGGCUCGACGCAAUCUGUACCGCCACUGAAACCUCCUCGGAGCAGAGUGAAUUCGCGGGGAAAAUCGACGGACUCGGUGGACAAUGAAAUCGGUUCAAAAAUUGACGGGAAUUUUACUCCGAGUGGGGUAAAAGUACCCAUCGUACAGUUUCAUCUCGAGGAUGAAAAAAUCCCUCCGGCUAAAGCGAAUGGGAUUCAGUUCGACGGAAGGGAAAAAACCUUCAUACCUCUACCUAAAAUCGUCGUAAGCGAAGACGGUGAUACCGAGGACUCGUCAAAGGUCAAGGAAAAUCGGAUCUCUUCGAACAGUUCGAUCAACCUGACCAACGGUACUUCGGAAACUGAUAGUGCAUAUGGUUCGAAAAAUCCGGAAAAACAUCCUUUGUCGAUCGUUCAAGAGAAGGACAGGACCUCGGUUGAAUCUAUCGUCGAGGAUCUCGUCAAGACCAGGUACAGUCCGCAGACUGCUAGACAAAGGAGACUCCAUAGAUCGUCACCACGAAGCUCGUCAGUCCACGAGAGCGAGGCACAAACUGACAACGGCAGGUCAUCAUCAGGCGUUACUAUCGAUGUUAAAAAACCCCCAAAUAGUCCAAACAUCGUGAGAAUUGGAUCAAGACACGAAAUUUUUGAACCCAGAAGAAACUCGAGGAAAACCAGCAUCUCUAUGCCGGACAGGUUGGACAACAUGGAGGGACUGGAACAGUCCAUGAGACAGCAGGGCACGAGCUCGAAAUUUCGAAGGCACGACAGUGACAGUAGCGUCACAUUUAGUAACAGCGGUUCAACGCCACGAGAGAGUGCCCUGGACUCUGAUACCGACGACGAUGUCAACGACGAGGAACUUGCCAAGGUUCCGUUGCAGGCUUCUUCACGCCGGAAACCACCAUCAAUCGUCCCCAUAUCACCGGGUCAGAAGAUGGCCAAGGAGACGAUUGAAAUGCCGGGUGGCCAGAGCGUCAACUCAACGAUAACGAGUGUUAACAGCAUCAGCAGUCUUCUCAAAGAAAAAUUGCAGCUUUCCAUUCCUCAGGCGCUGCGGAGUAGCAAAAAACAGCAAAACGCUGAUUACAGACUAAGGGCGUUCGUCGGUAUCCUGUUCCUCAGCAUCGUCUUCUUGAUCGGAUUCGCCUACGUUUACUACAACCAACACGUUCUUCAAAGGGCGUACUUUGAGCGAUUUAGUUUCAACAAGAACGACCGGACGAUGCACGUCUACAGUAAAAAGGGUGUCGAGUUGAUAUCCGCCCGAUUAGGCGAAGGGAUACUUCCUGAGACCGGAGUGUUUCCCUGUCUUCCUCACCACGAAAGACCCGGUUCCGUAUGCCUGGAAUGGCUGCAGCAGACUCGACUCUACUUGUCGGAUACCGAUAGUGAGAAGGAGAGCACUCACUGCUACCACAUAACAUGGCAGAGUCUGAGCCCCGGCUACAACCCGAAGGACUGUUUUGACUGGUCCCCAAAACGUGGCCACUGGUACGGUGCUGGCCAGACUCAAAACAUGGCGUACCCGCUGGAAAAGGGCGCCUCGGAUUCGAGUGCCUUCGUGACCGGGGACAUAAAGAAGCACGCCUUCGGGAACGUGCUCAAGCGUUACUUCCUGACCUCGAAGGGUGCCGCGAUCAUCGUGGACCCCGAGUCGCCACUCUACGUCUCAAUAAACGCUAACCGGUCCCAGGACUUCUGCAUCGAGGCAAAGCACGACUCGUUCGCUUAUAUAAACCACCUGACGCCUCUGCCGCAGUUGAACUACACUGUAUGCGCAUCGGACAACAUGAAGACGCUGCUCUCGAUGAUAACGGAAAAGGCCCCACCGAACGGGCCCAAGAAGGAGGACGUAGACGCUGUGAAUUCUCUGAUUUCCGAACCGGUUUGGCAGAUCUCACCGACGGAUGAGGCGGCCAUAUACAACUACACCGAGGACGUUAUCGCCCUUGGUUUCCUCCAGGGUCACGUACUUCUCAGCGAGGAGUGGCAGCCCAAAUCCGGCGACUUCCAUCUCGACACCGAGCGGUUCCCCACGAUGGUGAAGACCAUAAAAAUCAUCCACCGGCGUGGGUUUAGGAUCAUAUUUUCCAUCCAACCAUUCAUAUCCACCGAGUCGGUAAACUUCGCGGACGCUGUUGCUAGUCGACUUUUGAUAUCCGAGCGUGGCAGCGACCCCAGGAUACCGGCUUUGACCAGGUACAAGCAGAGCAACAGCGCCGCCAUACUGGACAUAACGAACAACAGGACUCUACCUUGGCUCGAGGACAAGCUGCAGAGUCUCGUCAAGAAGUACAAGGUCGACUCGUUCUACCUUGACUUGGGGAACGCUUACGACAUGCCGCAUUACUACAAAUGUCAAAAGCCACUGACGAAUCCGGACCACUACAAGACCCUCUUCACUCAGGCGAUACUGAGCUCGGUACCAGUGAUCGGAGUUUCCGGCGCCAUAGAGAGACCAAAAACGCCGGUAUUCGUUUCCCUGCCGCCGUUCCCGUCGUCGUGGAAGGCCAUAAAGACGGUGAUACCGACGGUGCUGAGCUACGGUAUAAUAGGAUACCCUUUCAUAAUGCCCGGCGCUGUGGGUGGCGACGUCGCUCUUCCCAUGUCGGACAACAACCCGAAUAACGACUUCGAGGUCAAUCUACCCGACAAAGAGUUGUACCUGAGAUGGUUGCAGCUCUCGACCUUCUUACCGGUCAUUCGCUUCACCCACUUGCCUAGCAAGUACUCGAACGAGUCCGUCCUCGAGAUGGCCAAGAGUUUGACGACCUUGAGGCAGAAGACGGUGAAACCUCUCCUCACGAAGUACGCCCUCGAGGCACUCGAGUCGGGACUCCCGAUCAUCAGGCCUCUCUGGAUGCUGGAUCCCUCCGAUCCCGCCUGUCACGACGUCGUCGACGAGUUUUCUGUCGGCGAAGAACUCAUAGUUGCUCCAAUUUUGUACUCGGGUAGCAGGCAGAGGGAGGUCUAUCUCCCAGCGGGAGUCUGGAGGGAUGGCAUCGACGGAACACUCAAGAAGGGGUCGAGGUGGAUCCACAACUACAGAGUAGCCGAGGACAAGGUUGCGUACUUCGUCAAAAUGCCUGACAACACCAGAUUUUGAAAUGAUUGUGAUAUAUCCUUGCGGGGUGACAGUGUACCUGCAUUAUAAAUAAAAAAUAUACAAAAUACAGGAAUCAUUCGUAAGUGACGUAUAGUAUAACGAGGAAUGCUUGGCCUGAUGUACAUGUACAUAGGCUGUAAAUUUUCUCUAUAUACUAUUAUACGCUAUUUUGCAAUAUUGAUCACGCUAUACGUGCUUUAUGAUUUUACGGCUAUCUCACACGAUAGUGUAAAAUAUCAUACGUCGUUUCAUUAUGAGCAAUUAAACCGAGGUAUAAAUUAAAAAUAAUUAUCGUUUUAGCUAAACGCAAGGCCGAGGAUUGAUAACAGUACUGAGUUCAGCAUACUGAUAGGUUUUUUUUUUUUUUAAACGAGCCAAAGGGCUUUUCAUAUACAUAUGAUGUGAUAAAGUAAUUGUUUCAGAGAUGAGAAAGAAUAAAAACCAAAAAAGCUUUAAGGAAGGGCGGUAUUAGAUAAUUUCAUGUAAAUUUACAUAACGUAAGUGAUGUGUUAACGUGUACAUAAUAUGAGUAUUGGAUGUCUGUACAAAAUACUAAAGAUAACACAUAUUAUAUAUAAUUUUCUGUGUAUGAAAUAUUUCUAUAUUAAAUAAAGAACACUUUCUAUAUAUAUAUAUAUUUUUAGGAUUUUUAUUCAAUCUUUUGGCGUUUUUUUUUCUUUUUUCGUAUGGUUUUUCCGUUUACUUCUUUUAUUCAUUUUAUAUUGUAAUUAUAUAGCGAUACUUUAGCAUACAUAACCCAUGGAAAUAAUGCCGUUAAAUAUGAAGAUAUUAUUUUGUCGAUAAUAUAACAUUUACUUAUAAUGAUGACCAUAUUAUGC